AUGGGUAAUAUUAAUGAUUUGUUUACUAAUGAUAAUAAGGAUGUUGUUUUCGGAAACAGAUAUUCACUUGGAUCAAGAAGAACUUCAAUUGUAGAUAAUGUUGGCAAAUUGAAAGAUGAUUUAUUUUCGGCUUGUUUGGCAGCCGGAUGUAUUCCAUCAUAUAAUUAUUGGAAUGAUCCUACCUAUAUGGAAAAAAAUCUGAAGCAAUCUUUUGAAUUAUACCUUCCAAUAUAUGAAGAGCUAUAUCACAACCACUCAUUUAUGGCCAACGGAUAUAACAAGUUUUCAAACGCACCAAGUACUUUUUACUCUACAUGGUGUGCAAGAGAUGGAAGUGGUCAUUGCUUUGCAUCAUUUCUGAUGGGUUCUCCAGGUAAAUUUACAGUUGAUGUUCAAGAUGUGAAAUCAUGUAAGUUUACAGCCCCUGGUACAUCUUGCGAGGUAAAAGGAACUAACAAAGUUCAAGUUGGUACAACUAUUCCAUAUAGAACAGUUGUUGUUGAAUAUUGGACAAGUUACAUGUAUGAUCCAGUUCUUUUCCCUGAUGAAGAUCCAACGCCAGAAACUGCUGAACCUGAAGAAGAACCACCAGAAGAAAUUCCAGAACCAGAUCCAGUACCAGAAGAAGAAGAUUCAGAACCAACACGCGAAGAACAGCCAGAAGAAGAACCAGAAGACAAUCCAGAUUCAGAACCAACACGCGAAGAACAGCCAGAAGAAAAGCCAGAAGAAAAACCAGAAGAUAAGCCAGAAGAAAAACCAGAAGAUAAGCCAGAAGAAAAACCAGAAGAGCCUAAACCUACUAUUGAAGAGCAUAAGCCAUCAGAAAACUCAGAGUCUGUCUCAACUCAUAAUGUUGGUGCUGAUGGAGGAGAUAUUGAUAAAAAGAAGCAAAAGAAGAAUGGAAUCAUCAUUGGAGCUGUUGCCGGUGGACUCCUGUUCUUAGCUCUCCUUGCAACAACACUAUUUUUCGUUCUUGCAAAGAAGAGAGAUGAUAGCGAAGAAGAAGAAGAGCAGAUGGAUCAAGUCCAAGUUGAUGAUGCUGAAGAUGGCACGGUCAUCGAUCCAGACAUGAUGUCAAUGCAAGUUGAUAGUAGCCAAUCACUUCAGAAUAUCAGUAAUUAUAUUGAUUCUGUCAUGAUUGGUGAUGAAGGAGAAAGUAUUGAUUUUAAUGUUCCUCAAGAAUAA